CAGCGGGCGGGAGGUUCGAAUCCCGGAGCUGCCAGCCCGGCCAGAGGAACGCUUGGUUGGGCCUUCUUCGUGCUCGGCUUCGCGUCCGUCCCCCCACCCCCCUUGAAAUGGGUAGCCCUCCCCGAUCACGUCGUCCACUUUCCUGGCCAGGGUGUUUUGAAGGGUCACAUUUCUGCGGCGUUGCUACUGGAAACCCUGCAACCCUCAGGUUAUCCUCUGCAGUCUGCCUGUUGUCCGGUUCUGAGACUGUCGCGCCCCUCCCUUUGAAACUGGAAUGUCAGGUCACCGCCUCCAGGCAGCCAGCCAUUGCCCAACUCCACCUGUGAUUAACGCUGGCAGCCGCCUUGGGCCCCAGCCACCGUGUCUUGCUCUGCUGUCCUGGCAACUCUGAUUUGUAGGCCGUGUAGGAGGAGUGAAAAUUCAGAUAGGUCAGCCUGGAAGUGUGUGUGUGUGUGUUUAAUUAUUUAUGUAUUUGAAAGAGUUACAGAGAGAGCGUCCACCUGCUGAUUCACUCCCCAGAUGGCCACAAUGGCCAGGGUUGGGCCCCGCUGGAGCCGGGAGCCUCAUCUGGGUCUCCCACGUGGGUGCAGGGGCCCAUACCCUUGGGCUGGCUUCUGCUGCUUCUCCCAGAAAACACGGCCAUCUUCAUGUGUAAAUGCUGUAACCUGUUCUCUCCCAGUCAGUCAGAACUGCUGUCCCACGUUUCUGAGAAGCACGGCGAUGAAGGGGUGAACGUCGAAGACAUCAUCGUUCCCCUGAGGCCUCUGAGUUCUCCGGAACCCAACCCAAGCAAAACCGGAGAUGGUAAUGAGUCAGAUCUUGAGCUGGAAAAGAAGCAUAAGGAAGAUGAUCGCGACAAGGCCCCGAAGAGACCCCGGGCACAGAAAACAGAGAAAGUGCAGAAGAUCUCAGGAAAGGAGGCCGGGCAGCCUUCCGGAGCAAAGAAGCCCAUCAUCAGUGUGGUCCUAACUGCGCAUGAAGCCAUUCCAGGUACUACCAAGAUUGUUCCGGUGGAAGCAGGUCCCCCCGAAACAGGAGCUGCGAAUCCUGAGACCACGGCAGCAGACCUGGUGCCUCGGAGAGGGUACCAGGAAUAUGCCAUUCAGCAGACGCCGUACGAGCAGCCGAUGAAGUCGAGCAGGCUAGGUCCCACCCAGCUCAAAAUCUUCACCUGUGAGUACUGCAACAAGGUCUUCAAGUUCAAGCACUCCCUGCAGGCCCACCUGCGCAUCCACACCAACGAGAAGCCGUACAAGUGCCCCCAGUGCAGCUACGCCAGCGCCAUCAAGGCCAACCUCAACGUGCACCUGCGCAAGCACACCGGCGAGAAGUUUGCCUGCGACUACUGCUCCUUCACCUGCCUGAGCAAGGGCCACCUCAAGGUGCACAUCGAGCGGGUGCACAAGAAGAUCAAGCAGCACUGCCGCUUCUGCAAGAAGAAGUACUCAGACGUCAAGAACCUCAUCAAGCACAUCCGGGACACACACGACCCGCAGGACAAGAAGGUCAAGGAGGCCCUGGACGAGCUCCGCCUGAUGACCAGGGAGGGCAAGCGGCAGCUGCUCUACGACUGCCACAUCUGCGAGCGCAAGUUCAAGAACGAGCUGGACCGCGACCGCCACAUGCUGGUGCACGGGGACAAGUGGCCCUUCGCCUGCGAGCUCUGCGGCCACGGGGCCACCAAGUACCAGGCGCUGGAGCUGCACGUCAGGAAGCACCCCUUCGUCUACGUCUGCGCCAUCUGCCUCAAGAAGUUCGUCAGCUCCAUCAGGCUGCGCUCCCACAUCAGAGAGACGCACGGCGCUGCCCAGGAGGCCCUGGUCUUCACCAGCUCCAUCAACCAGAGCUUCUGCCUCCUGGAGCCCGGCGGGGACAUCCAGCAGGAAGCCCUGGGGGACCAGCUGCAGCUGGCCGAGGAGGAGCUUGUGUUCCCGGGGGGGAGUGCGCUCAAGGAGGAGGCCUGCUCCCAGGAGGCCCGGCCUGGGGGGGUGCAGACGGAGCUGGAGGCCCCCCUGCAAACCCCUGCCGCCACCGUGCAGCUGGCCACCCCCGCGGCCGACGGCACGGCCUUGCCACCCUGCGAACUGGAGACCACUGUGGUCUCGUCGGACCUGCACGCGCUGACCGUGGUCUCCGAUGACUUUCUGUUGAAGAACGAUACCUCCUCUGCGGAGACUCACACUGCCCCCGAGAAGGCCUCCGACUCCCAGCACGGAGGCUCAGCCCAGACUCAGGACAAGGAGAUGGCACUGCUGCUGUCCCAGGCCAAAAGUGCCGGGCCGGACCAGGAGACCCCGGGUGCAGAGAGCCCACCAGGUGGAGGGCAGGGAACGGCUGCCCUUGCAGCCGGCGAGCCAGAGCCUAGCCAGUGUCUCAGGGCAAACCCAGCCGAAGCCUCUGAACUCCUUCCCCCCGCAGCUGGUGGUGGGGACACGGCCGUGUGCCAGCCUGACUCUUGCAAACCUGCCUCUGAGCACAGGCCUGGUAGUACUGCGUUCAUGAAGGUCCUGGACAGUUUGCAGAAGAAGCAGAUGAACACCGGUUUGUGCGAGCGGAUCCGGAAGGUGUACGGAGACCUGGAGUGUGAAUACUGUGGCAAACUUUUUUGGUACCAAGUGCAUUUUGACAUGCAUGUCCGCACCCACACCCGGGAACAUCUGUAUUAUUGCUCCCAGUGUCAUUAUUCCUCCAUCACCAAAAACUGCCUUAAACGCCAUGUAAUUCAGAAACACAGUAACAUCUUGCUGAAGUGUCCCACUGACGGCUGUGACUACUCGACUCCAGAUAAAUAUAAGCUGCAGGCACAUCUUAAAGUUCACACAGAGCUGGACAAAAGGAGUUAUUCUUGCCCUGUGUGUGAAAAGUCUUUUUCAGAAGACCGAUUGAUAAAGUCACACAUCAAGACCAACCAUCCUGAGGUCUCCAUGAGCACCAUUUCCGAGGUCCUCGGGAGGAGGGUUCAGCUGAAAGGGCUGAUUGGAAAGAGAGCCAUGAAGUGCCCGUACUGUGAUUUCUACUUCAUGAAGAACGGCUCAGACCUUCAGCGCCACAUCUGGGCUCACGAAGGUGUGAAGCCCUUCAAAUGUUCCUUGUGUGAAUACGCAACUCGUAGCAAGAGCAACCUCAAGGCUCACAUGAAUCGUCACAGCACUGAGAAGACCCACCUGUGCGACAUGUGUGGCAAGAAAUUCAAGUCGAAAGGGACGCUGAAAAGUCACAAGCUCCUGCACACGGCUGAUGGGAAGCAGUUUAAGUGCACAGUGUGUGACUACACGGCGGCCCAGAAGCCCCAGCUGCUGCGGCACAUGGAGCAGCAUGCCUCCUUCAAGCGGCACUACAACAGGAAGCACCCCAACGAGGAGUACAGCAACGUGGGCAGCGGGGAGCUGGCGGCUGAGGCGCUCAUCCAGCAAGGUGGUUUGAAGUGUCCUGUGUGCAGCUUUGUAUAUGGCACCAAGUGGGAGUUCAACCGGCACUUGAAGAACAAGCAUGGGCUGAAGGUGGUGGAGAUUGACGGAGACCCCAAGUGGGAGCCAGCAACAGACACACCUGAGGAGCCCUCCACCCAGUAUCUCCACAUCACAGAGGCCGAAGAGGACGUGCAGGGGACGCAGGCAGCGGUGGCCGCGCUCCAGGACCUGAGAUACACCUCUGAGAGCGGUGACCGACUGGACCCCACAGCGGUGAACAUCCUCCAGCAGAUCAUCGAGUUGGGCACGGAGACCCACGAUGCCGUGGCCUCUGUGGUUGCCAUGGCGCCGGGGACCGUGACUGUUGUGAAGCAGGUCACCGACGAGGAGCCCAGCUCCAACCACACGGUCAUGAUCCAGGAGACCCUCCAGCAAGCCUCCGUGGAGCUGGCCGAGCAGCACCACCUGGUGGUGUCCUCCGAUGACGUGGAGGGCAUCGAGACGGUGACCGUGUACACGCAGGGCGGAGAGGCCUCGGAGUUCAUCGUCUACGUGCAGGAGGCCGUGCAGCCGGCGGAGGAGCAGGCUGUGGAGCAGCCGGCCCAGGAGCUGUAGAGGACAGCACCACCGCACAGCCACGGCCGCCGGCCUGGCUCCCAGAAUGGCGCUCUCUCUGCCCUCGCCGCCCGGCCGCCCAGGCGGGACUCUCCACGUCCCCCUUGGGGUGGGCAGCGUGACGGGCAUCACCAGCAAUCCAGGAACCCCCGUCCCCAGCACACACGUACGCCCUUGCCCCGUAGUGUCUGCUUCUGGACAGACUUCUCUGUCACCUGCCCCACCUCUUCCCUCGCUUCAAGAUCCAGAUGGAGACUCCCAGGCUGUCUCCACAUCCCUACCUCCCUGAGCCCCAUCCAGGUGCCCAGACUUCAUCAGGGACCACUAUGCAGUCUGGCAAAAGGAGAAGCCAUGACAGGAAGUGACCUUAUGGUGCUGGAGUCACCUCUGGGUGGGGCGGGGAUCGUCCUGGCUCCAUGGACAAAGUCCCUCCUUCCUCAAGUGUCGGGGGUUCCUGUUGUCACGUGAAGUCACCGCAGCUCAGCCCCGUCCCAGGGUCUCAGCUCACCAUCUUGGAAUUCCGCUUGUAAGAGAAAUGCACUUUUCUCACCUCCAUCCUAAGGAGGUGAGGCGGAUGGAAUAAAAGCCUUUCCUGCCUGCCCGA